AUGAUUUUUUUGAAAAUUUGCAAAAAAAUUGAGCUGUAUUUUCUUGUAGCUACACAUGCACGAAGAACUGCUGUUGGUACAAGCCGUACUCUUAACGAUGAUGGUUUUCUUGGUGUUCUUCGUCGUAUCCUUGGUAAUCUCGAUACUAGUGAAGAUGAUGAUCGUCGUCAUAAUCGUGAUAAUCUUGAUCAUAAUAGUUUUCGGCCAGGUGCUGAUAGGAAACGAAAACAAUCAGCAGCAUCGAUUCAAGUUAUGUUAAAGACGUGA